AACAGCAUUUUUAAGUGUUAGUUAAACAAACUUCUAAAUAGCAAUUUCUUUUUCUUUUUGCACUUUAGUAUAAAAACAUGUAAACUGAGACUUGUGAUUCUGCUUUCGCAGCUGAAACUUAACAUACAUUCACGUGCACCACACGCGCUCCUCUCUCUCUCUCUAAAAACACCCCCACACACAAAAUUCUCUCUCUAAAUGACUGGCCGUUCACGCCACCUCGGCGGCGUAAACUCACCGCCGCCGAAGGACUCCACCCCGCCGACGGUCGAACCCGUCGACUCCGACUUCGUAGUAAUCCUCGCCGCUCUCCUCUGCGCCCUCAUAUGCGUGCUCGGCCUCGUCACCGUCGCGCGCUGCGCCUGGAUCCGCCGCCUCGCCGGCGGGAGCUCCGCGCCUCCGGCGGCGCCUCCACGAGCGGCGGCGGCGGCUGCCAACAAAGGCCUCAAGAAAAAAGUCCUGAAUUCUCUGCCCAAGCUCACCUACGGCGAGGAAACUGAGCAGCAGGAAAACCUCUCCGACUGCGCCAUUUGCCUGGCGGAGUUCGCCGCCGGAGAGGAAAUCCGGUUGCUGCCGCAGUGCGGCCACGGAUUCCACGUGUCGUGCAUCGACACGUGGCUGAGAUCCCAUUCGUCGUGCCCCUCCUGCCGCAAGAUUUUGGUGGUGGCGCGGUGCAAGAACUGCGGCAGCUUACCGGAAACCACCACUUCCUCCGCCGCCGCCGGCGGAGGUCGGAAUGAGUUUAGUGGGACCCACGCGAUUGGGUUUUUGCCUUAAAUUUUAAAAAUUGGUGCUUAAUUUAAAGAUUAGGGAUUCCGGAAUUGCUGCAUAGUACUUACACAAUUUUAAUGUAAGGUAUGGGCUUAUUAAAAAAAAAAAUAAAAAAAUCAUUUACAUUUAAUUAAUCAAAUUAUCAAAUUAAUUCACUGCAUUUUUUCCCCCUUUUUUUCUUUUCCUAUACUCCAUAAUCCAUAUGGUAUAGUACAAAUUACGGUCAUCUCCUUAAUGUAAAAUCAAAUUACGAAAAAUCUCAUCUUGUUUGGAUAAUUACAACCACCUCCUUCGACUAUGUAUUUCUUAUAAAAAGCUCCAUCUUCAAUUAGUAAAUUUGACCACUGUAAGGAUGGACGUGCAGUGCAAUGCAUAACUGAAAGGGGUUAUUGUAAUUAUUUAAACAUAAAGAUUUUUUUUUUUCGUAAUUUGAUUUUACCUCAGAGUGUUUGACCGUAAUUUCCCAUACUUUAGAGUCCAUUUAAUUUGUUCUAAUUAAAUUGUUUAAGAUCAAUAACUAAUGUACUAAAGAAAAUAGGAUUACUUUAUUUGAUU